AGAUAGAAGAUAGAAGACAUAGCCUGGGCUACUUAGUCUGUUGUAAAUAUUUAGUGGAUUACAAAGGAUAGAAUGUGUUACACUCUACAAGCUCACCCACUCCAUGUGUGUACAGUGUCAUUUUGUUCAUAAGGUGUGAUAAACAAUGUGUAAAUCACAGAUGUCUGGGCUCAAUCCACAUGGCGUCUUGGAAUCUAAAGAUUUAAUAAGAUCAGCGAUCAUGAUGAAACUAUUUCUGUUCACUUUGUGCCUUCAUCUGGGAGGUGCUUUACAGGCUUUUGGAACUUCUGCAUUAGAUACAACAAUGAGUUUUGAUACACCAGCUGUCGUUGAGUUGAGCCCAGGAUUCCCGUAUUAUGGAACGACAUACUCAUCAGUGACAAUUCAGAAAGAUGGAGUUCUCGUAUUUAACAAUCCUGCAAAGGCAUCAUACAAUGAUUUUAGCAAUGUCAAUGAUGUGAAACUUGCAUCUAUAGGAGCAUGGAUAGCCGAUGUAGGUACAGCGCAUGGGAAUAUCUUUUACAGAUUGAGCAACGCUCCUAGGGAGGUAGAUUAUGUCACCUCAAUUGCACGUAAACUCUCGAAUUUCGAUCCCAACUUCACGCCACUGAAUGUCUUGGUGGUCACGUGGGCUGAAGUAGGCACUGCCCACUAUGGCUUUGAGGGGGACUUUAAGAAAAACACAAUUCAGCUGCUCCUUGCCACGGACGGGGUUCAAAGUUUUGUCGUUUUAGACUUUGAUACCAUUGAAUGGUGCUAUUUCGAGGAUCUGACAAAUUAUUUGGCAUACGGGGACCUAACCCAAUUCGACAUCGCCAUACCGAUUUCUACAAAGGCUGGUUUCUUCAAAGGAGAUGGACCAACGAAAUUCCUUUUUCCUGUUUCAAUGAACAGAAAUUUGUUCGAUAUAAAAUCGGACUCCAACAUUGGCGAUCCGGGAGUCUAUGUAUUUAGAGUAGAUGAGACGCCUGUGAAUGCCACUUUAAUGGUAACUACCACUCCAACCUCUACUACUACUACAUCCAGCACGACAUCUGAGACUACAACAACAUCAACUACUACCACUUCAGAGACCACUACAUCAACAACUACCACAACAUCAACUACUACCACUUCAGAGACCACUACAUCAACAACUACCACAACACCAACUACUACCACUUCAGAGACCACUACAUCAACAACUACCACAACACCAACUACUACCACUUCUGAGACCACUACAUCAACAACUACCACAACACCAACUACUACCACUUCUGAGACCACUACAUCAACAACUACCACAACAUCAACUACUACCACUUCAGAGACCACUACAUCAACAACUACCACAACACCAACUACUACCACUUCUGAGUCCACUACUUCGACAACUACUACAACACCAACUACUACCACUGUAGCAACUACCACUUCAACAUCGACAACAAAGUCGGCUAUUGCCAAUGUUGCAUCUACAACAAGAUCAAAUUCUAAAGGAAAUGGCUAUUCUGUAGAAAAUGAAUAUCCUAGAAGACCUGCAUAUCCUGUACAAUAUCAAUUUCGUGAAAUAGAUUCACAAUGGAUGUGGCUAUACUGUUUUCUGCUCAAGUGUUUGGAAUAAAGUCAACGGACUAAAAAGUUUAUUAUUAUAUAUAUAAGUAAUAACUGUAAACACGAACAAGCAAUUUUACAUUGGAAAUACAUUAUUGUGUGAAGUUAUCAAACAAGGCAGAAUAUCCAGGUCUAAACUUAGAUUGCCUGGUCGCGUGAAUUACUAUAUUCAUCCUUAAACUUGAGCUUGACCAAAAGAACAGUGAUAUAGAGCUUGAACAAAGAACAGUGAUAUAGAGCUUGACCAAAGAACAGUGAUAUAGAGCUUGACCAAAGAACAGUGAUAUAGAGCCUGACCAAAGAACAGUGAUAUAGAGCUUGACCCAAGAACAGUGAUAUAGAGCUUGACCAAAGAACAUUGAUAUAGAGCUUGAUCAAAGAACAGUGAUAUAGAGCUUGACCCAAGAACAGUGAUAUAGAGCUUGACCAAAGAACAAUGAUAUAGAGCUUGAUCAAAGAACAUUGAUAUAGAGCUUGACCCAAGAACAGUGAUAUAGAGCUUGACCAAAGAACAGGACUUUAAGGGUUCGAGCUUCACAUUGUUUGGAGCAAGAAUUAUAAUGAGCUAAAUCUAAAGUUUGUAGUUUAGUGAAGACUGAUUUUGAGUUAUCGUUUUUGUUUUAGUAUUAAGCUGUAUACAUAUUUUUAAAGUAAUUUUCUUCUUGCUUAUAUCAACUCUGUCUGUCUGGUAAAAAGUUUUUACACGUUUUUUCUGUCACACCCAAUCUCGGAUCAAGCUGAAAUUGUGCACAAUUAUUUCUUUUACCUGACAAAACAAGUAUCAAUAAACAAAGUUAACCAAUUACUUAAUUAGAUAUUGGUAAUUAAUUUUUUAGUUUGGUAUCGAACAAGAUAAAGAAAUUUUACUUUAAUGAUGUGGGGGUAUUAGUUGACUUAGUCCCUUUUAUACUUUGCUAAAACUUUAACCUAACGAUCGAUAAAUAUAAACCUUCUAAUUUCAUAAGCACUUCUCUGGUGCAGUGGUUAGUGUGUUGGCUUGAGGAUACUAGAUCCCUCGAGUUCUAAUCUAGGUCGCUUUAAGAAAAAGAUCACGGUAAUUUUCACCCAGGUACUUUCUUCUUUCUCCCUCACACCUUUUCCAACUGCUCCAGACAAGUGAUAGGAUCAUAAUGUAUUGAGAAAGCUAAAAUCAUGAAAUUGCGCUAAUUAUUCAACAUUACUUAUUAAAUAUAUAAACCAACUUGAUAAUCCUAUAUCACAUAUAAUAAUCGUACAGAGCGUCUUUAGAAUUUCAGUGUCUAAUUUCUCAUUAUGGUGGCGGCUUGUAUAUUUUUUAUGCCAAAUAAGUUUCUUUCCUAUCUUUUUUAUACCUAUUAUCCCAACAGUUUGGUCUUCAUCCGUCACUUUUUGUUUGGUCAACAAUUGGUGACAUUAAUAUCUGGUAUUAUAUUUCAGCAAAACCCAAGUAAAAAUAUUUGUGGGAACAGUGUUUGAGCUUUCAAAUUUAAAAUUGUUUGCUAAUUUAUUUUUACUUCAGUUACCAGCACAUUUAAAUAUACGAAAAAUAGUUUUAUAUCAUUUAAAAUGUCCCUUACAUUCUUUCAACAUUUGUACGGAAACCAUACAAUUUGACAUCGUCCAUACAAUAUUGAAAUAUUGUUUCAAAUAUUGUUGUGCUUUGAUCGAAGUUAUGACUUUAAAAAAGAAAACAACUUAUCUUUCCUCUAAGUAGGCCUAUAUAUAAAAAAAAUUCCUUCGGCUUUCUCAUUCUCAAGUUGGAGUGCUCCAAUAACCAGUCCUUGACCUCCAAUAAACUGCGCAGGGGUUUACAGAUAAGGAUGCUCUUUCUAUAAAGGAUGUCCAAGCAGGUGGUCCAAAUAUCGUGUUUUUUGUCUUUUGAUAAAGUCAGCAACUUUGAAGCGGUCAGCAUUCUGUGGAAACAACCCACGAUGAAAAGUGUCGCUAUUUCCAGUGUUCAGCUACCAUAGCAAGACUAGAAAUUAUUCGUUGACCGUGUAAGCAAAGCUUGGAGUGUGCAUUAUUUGUGUCUUAAGUUUGUUUUUCGUCGGAAAAAAAUAGUUUCUUUUUUGUUUUGUUUCGAAACUUGUAAAUCCAAUUUAUUAUUUUUUACUAACGUUUUGUACGGAUCUGUAUUUACUAACUUUUCACGCUUGAAUAAUUUUUUACGUACCUAAAAUUUCUAACUUGACAUUUUUUUUGUGCUUUUUACGUUUCUAUAACAACUGGUCUAAACUUUAAAUUCUAAAUUAAUGAGUUUAUAAUUUUAUACAAAUUUGGUUAAAUAUACAAUAAAGAAUCUAUGAAACAAACAUAUGAAACUUUAAUAUUUCUCUAGAUAGUUAAGUUCCCUUUUCAAAUCUUGCGAUCUUUAGGGCAGAUGAUGUAAAGUUCAUUUUUUUGUGGUCUACAGUUAACGAGGGUGUCAUGUGGCCAGCAUAACAACUAACCGCCUUUAUAUUUCCCCAACUAAUGUUAGGUACGCGAACCUAGAGCUGUGUGAACCUCUGAAGCCAAGCGCUUUGUCACUCAGCCACCUCUUCUCCUAUCUAUGUAGCUAUCCAUUAAUUAUCUCACAAUUCUAACAGUCUAUUUUAUCUCGUAGGCCCACUGAUUUUAAUCUAUUUUAUCUCGUAGGCCCACUGAUUUUAAUCUAUUUUAUCUCGUAGGCCCACUGAUUUUAAUCUAUUUUAUCUCGUAGGCCACUGAUUUU